AUCAACACCUUCAUAUAUGAUUACCAAUUUAUCAUUCUGGAGUAUGAAAACGACUGCUGACGUCACUAUUCCUGUUCAUCAGCGUAUGACAAAAUCCGAAAUGUGGCGACUUUAUAAAUGGGCUUUUACUGAAACCCACUAAAUAUAUACCACAAUGCAUUGCCACAUCAUUCGGUGAAAUGGUCUAUUACAUUUGAAAGAGAAUUCUAGACAACUAAAUGAUUGACUAAAUAUGCUCGCAACAUUAUACCUGAACUGCUUUGCUCAUUAAAUAAACACAAAUCAUUUUCAUCGUAGACUUUUUUACGUUUCUUUGGCAAAGAACCGUUUUCAAAAUUUGAAAAUUCUUCUGCCAUUAUUGACAUUAUUGUCAGGUUACUUCAAGUAAUCAAAAUAUAAUGUCUACAUGUCUUUGGAAUGUCGCCAAGUUCAGCCAAUUUUUUGCUGUUUUAUUAAUUAAGCAAGAUAGUUCAAGGAUGUGGGUCCCAAAAUUGAUUUUAAUCGUUUCUCUGCUACCAGUUACAGUAGAAUAAUUUGUCAGUUGUUUGCAAAAACAUUUAAAUACGAGCAAAGCUGACAAUAUUAGGUGUGUUCAUCCAGUGUAAAUGCUGAGCUCAGUGUUUCGCAGUCCGCUUUAAUUUUGCUCGCAUGAAGUACCACCUGUUAUGAUUGUAAUCUUGUUUGUGAUCUGUCAAAAUGGCCAGGUACUUUUUCUACGUAUUUCUUUAUAUUUUCCUGUCGUUUCAAAGCGUUUCCUGCAAGUACAAACCCAAUUGGGACUCUCUGGAUUCGAGGCCAAACCCGCCGUGGUACGAUAAAGCGAAAUUUGGCAUUUUUAUGCACUGGGGCGUCUAUUCUGUGCCAUCUUUUGGGUCGGAAUGGUUUUGGCAAAAUUGGCAUAACGGCGACCCAGCAUACGCGAAUUUUAUGAAGGAAAAUUAUCCGCCGGGUUUUGAAUAUCCAGAUUUUGCUCCUAUGUUUCGUGCAGAAAUGUUUGACCCUGAUGCGUGGGCAGAUUUGCUCGCAAAGUCAGGUGCGAAGUGAGUGUUUCUUGACGAAUUUAUUGUCGAUUUAUAUAUAGGCUAUUUUAUUUUAAUUGAUAUUUUAUUUAUUGUCUUAUUUAGUCUUUAGAAAUUGUUGAGAACUCGAUUCAAAUUUAAUGUAGUUUAACAAUUGUAGAAAUGAUUUAUCAUUGAAUUUUUGUCAUUUACAGUGCAAGUAUUUGCAAACAGUUUUAACUCCUCCCCUUUGGUGAGGUACCACUUUUUUUGCACUCCUCCUAGAAAUUCACUGGAAAUGUAUAUAACACCCCCUUAAAAGAUGGAAAUAUGCCAUUCCCAUUAAAAUUCCAUAAUACUCAAAUUUUUUCUCCAGACUCUCCCCACACCUUUGUAAAUCCAGUUAUGUGGAAUAGACCCUGGACUGCAUUGCUAUAUUUUUAGAUAUUUGGUUUUGACGAGCAAGCAUCAUGAAGGUUUUACCAACUGGGGAUCCAACGUUUCCUGGAAUUGGAAUUCAGAAGAUGUUGGACCUCACAGGAAUCUUGUUGGUGUGUGCACUACAUUGUUAUUUUACUCUGUCUAACAACAGGUGGUUUUACUAAUUAUCAUAACUAGGAGAAUGUGUUGGCCGUCAAUUGACUUGGCCAGACAAUUUUGUGAUUAUUUUGUUCCAUUGUGAAAUUUAUUACUAUAUUAUGCAUUGGUAGGUGAUUUGGCAAAGUCCAUCCGAGCUCGGACUAAUAUCACAUUUGGUCUUUAUCAUUCAUUGUUUGAAUGGUUUAAUCCUUUAUAUUUGGAAGACAAAGCAAAUGGCUUCAAAACUCGUGAUUAUGUCACAGUUAGUAUGAUUUUUUGUUACCAUCAUCACCAUCAUUGCAAUCACCAUUACAUUCACCACCAACACUUUGAUUACCAUCAACAUCACCACCACUGCUUCCACCAUCAUUACUAUCACCACCAUCAUCAACAUCACUAAAACCACCAUCACCACCAUCAUCAUCACCAUAACCAUUAUCACCACCAUAACCAUCACCACCAUCAUCACCACCAUCAUUAUCACCACCAUCAUUAUCACCAUAACCAUUAUCACCAUCAUCACCACCAUAACCAUCACCACCAUCAUCACCACCAUCAUCACCAUCAUCACCACCACCACCAUCAUCACCAUCACUACCACCAUCACCGUGACUGCCAUCACCAUCACCACUAUUAUCACCAUACCAUUAUCAUCAUUAUCCCACUAAGUAUUGCUAUCACCACCAUCAUCACCACCAUUUUCAUCACCAUCAUCUUAACCAUUAUCAUCAUUAUAAUUACCACCAUCUCCAUCACUUAACCAUCACUAUUAUCAUCAUUAUCACUAUCAUCACCAUCCAUCACCAUACUGUGAUCAUCAUCACCACCAUCAUCAUCACCAACAUCACUACCAUCACCACCACCGUGGUGGUCAUACCACCACCACACCACCACCAGCAUCAUCACUACCAUCAUCACUACCAUCAUCACCAUCAUGACAAUACAGUUUAUUACUUUUUAAGAACACUCUAAUGCCUGAACUGUAUGACAUGGUAAACAGAUUCAAACCAGAAUAUAUUUGGUCAGAUGGAGAUUGGGAGGCGAAGGACACAUACUGGGGAAGUACAGAGUUUCUGGCUUGGCUUUACAAUGACAGGUGAGGUUUGAGGAUAGCCCUGAUUAUGGAUGUUAAAGCUUAAUGAGACUAACGAAGGAGUUCAUUCAUUAAGUAAGUAAGUAAGUGGUGUGUGCUAUCAUCUUUACUUGCAGCUGAGACCUAGUAAGCUGAAUUACGAGGGACGCAGCUCAAUCUGAUCGAGUCGAAUGCUUUCUAAGGGCGCUUCUGGCAGCCACCUUGUGACUCAUGCCUGAUCACGGAGCACAGCUACGGUGGAAGGGACAGUUAGGGGCUAAUCCCCACCCACCCUGUCAACAUUCCCUGUGGGAGGAAACCUGAGUACCAGGAGAAAAUCCAUGACGUUCAGUAGAGUCUCAAAUGACUCUAUUUACAUAUAAGUGUCAUGAGUUGAUCCGCAGAGGUAAAAGGCGCUUGCUUUCUUGCAGUCCAGUCAAAGACACAGUUUUGGUGAAUGAUCGCUGGGGCGUUGGUUGCAUGUGUCAUCAUGGAGGGUCUUAUACUUGUGCUGAUAGAUAUAACCCAGGUAUACCGGUAUAUUAUAUUAUAUACUAUUGAUACACCAUAAUGUUAAAAUAUGGCAUUCAAUGUUUCACGCAUUCAAAAUUGUUCACUCAGGUAUAUUGCAGAAACACAAGUGGGAGAAUGCAAUGACAGUGGAUAAAAAGUCUUGGGGAUUUCGACGUGAGGCCAAGCUAGAAGAUUUUCUUACCAUUCAUGAACUGAUCUCAACACUUGCUGAAACUGUGAGGUAAAUAUACUACUAAAUCUACUACUUGUAAACGUCACUUUUGCCGUAACAAUUUGAACACAGUUUCUAAACGGAGCGAGAUAAAAACGGACCGCUUGGCGGCUUCUUGUGUACAGAAACGCUGUUACUUUUUUUUUGCACCGUUUCCCAUUCUCGUUCCCCGAGCCUGCGAUCCUCGGGAAGGAACGCGAGGCUCUGGGAUAAUCCGUUUCAGGAAGGAAUCUGAUUGGCCGUUGAAAUGAAUGCGUAGUUCAGUCUUAGCCAGAAUUCCUGGCUUCCGGCAACGGAUUAUCCCAGAGCCUCACGUUCCUUCCCGAGGAUCGCAGGCUCGGGGAACGAGAUUGCACCGUUUCCAAACCAAGCACCUCAGGUCUCAAAACAGUAAACUCGAAUUCUUUUCGUUUAAAUUUCUUUGUUCUAUUUGAAAUAUUUUGGGUUUACAUGCAUGAGUGCUAAUUUAAUUUCUAAACAAACUGUGAUGCGUAGUUUGAAUACACGUAAAUUCUGCCGACAUUAUUUCCUCCCGUGUAAUGUGUCUGAUUUGGCUCAUAUACCAGCCUCGUUCCCAGGCUCUUUAGUAAUGAAUGGUUCAGAGCUUUGGGCGAGCUUUUAGGCGCGCGGGGAUUUUUGGGAAGGUUUCGGCGUAAAAGCUCGCCCAGAGCUCUGAAGCCGCUAUUCAUUACUAAAGUGCCUGGGUACGACGUUGCUUAAUAUCUGCAACGUUUCAGUUGUGGCGGUAAUCUGUUAAUGAAUGUCGGACCUACCCACGAUGGUCGUAUAGUACCAAUAUUUCAAGAAAGACUCACGCAGAUGGGAGAUUGGUUGAAAGUGAGUGGUCAAGCUAUUUAUGCGUCAAAACCAUGGCGAGUGCAGAACGAAACGAAGACUGAAGGAAUAUGGUAAGAAUACUACACACGUCAAAAUCUCACAACUUGUAACCAUACUAACCAAGAUGUGUUCGCAACAGGCUUGUAGCAAGCUUGUCAACGAGAUCUGUUUGCAACAGGCUUGUAGCAAGCUUGUCAACAAGAUGUGUUUGUAACAAGCCUGUUGCGAACACAUCUUGUUGACAAGCUUGCUACAAGCCUGUUGCAAAGUUGUCACUACAAGGUUGUCACUCACAACUUGUUGACAAAUUGUUGAAUUGCAGGACGAUGACAAGUUGUUGGAACAACUUGUAACCAGUCUGUUGAGCUCAACAACCUUGUAGCAAGUUGUCAACAAGCCGUUGACAACUUGUCAACAAGCUGGGAACAAGCAGUGCGAACACAUUCUGUUAACAAGUUGUUGGAACAGCAUUGCUACAAGUUUGUUACAACUUGUGCGUUUUUACGUGUGUAUAUUACUGUUAAAUGUUUUUUCCCCAAGGUACACAACAAAAGAUGGCGUUGUUUAUGCCAUUGUGCUACAGUGGCCACGUAGUAACACAUUGGAGUUAAUGGCGCCUGUUGCAGACCCUCACCAUACGACGGUAGCUAUGUUAGGGUUAAAUAUGGAUAUAGAAUGGAAACAAGGGACAGGGAGGAAAGGUAUGGUUAUACAAAUGCCUCAGGUACCUGUCGCGAAGCUCCCGUCUGAUUGGGCCUGGGUUUUGAAACUCGCAGAUGUCGAAUAAUGUUUGGGAGUCUACAGCGGUAACAAUAUAGACUAAUCUUAAUUCUUAGUUGUAACUAAUUAUGUGGUAUUUACAAUAUCAAAGUUUCUGUGAUCACAAUAAAAUUUAUUGGAAUUUUGCAUUGGUAAAUUGUACGUUUUGAUGGAUUUGUAAGAAAUGUUUGAGGGAACUGACAUGGUGUUAAACAAUGAGUUAGUUUCCUCAAACAUUUCUUACAUUUACGCAAGCAAAAUUCCUACUGUGAUCACAGAAACUUUGAUAGUGUAUACCAGGUUCAAUCACAGCACGGUAUUUAGAGUAUAACUCAGUAAAGAUCAACACAGUCAUGAAUACUAACCUAAGUAAAUUAAAGGGCACUAUAUCUUCAUUUAAUAGUUCAGAAUAUAACCUAGUUCAAACACAGCACGAUCUAACUAGGAAUGUUAUAAAAUAAUUGUAUUUACGAAUAAUAAUAAAUACUAAUGAAAUGCUCAUG